AUGAGUCGUCAAGAUCACCCACAUUAUGAUAAACAUGAUGAUGUUUUAAAAGCAAUUUGGAGUAUUGAUCGAUCAGCUUCAUCAGAUGCGAAAUUAUCUAAAUUAAAAGAAGCUGUUUCAAAAAGUUCAGCUUCGAAAGUAGUUGAUAUUUAUGAUGAAAAAAGUGGUGAAUCAAGAGCUCAAGUUCCACCAUUGAUAAUUGCUUGUUUUGAAGGAGAUUAUGAUACAAUUAAAUUUUUACUUGAUAAUGGUGCUGAUCCAAAUCAAACUGAAAGUGAACAUAAUUUAACUGGAAUUCAUAUACUUGUUGAUGGACCCUAUAAAGGUCAAACAUUAACUGAAAAACAACGAGCUGAUCUUAUACGAGAAAUGGUUAAAAAAGGUGCUGAUGUUAAUCAUCCUGAUAAACAUUCAUUAACACCAGUUCAUAAAGUUGCUAUAAAUGAUCGGCCAGAAUGUUUAGAUGCAUUAAUUGAAGCGAAAGUUAACCCAAAUGCUGUUUUUCUUGGUGAAAGAGCAAUUAGUAUUGCUGCAAGACAAAAUCGGGAUGGAAUAUUACAAAGAUUAGUUGAUUAUCCAGCAACAGAAAAGGAUGUGAAAAAUGAAACUGGUGGAUCUGUUUUACAUUUUGCUGCUGCUGGAAUGGUUGAUAGUCCUCAAUGUGUUGAUAUAUUAAUAAAAGCUGGUUUAGAUUUAAAUUGUCAAGAUCAAAGAGGCAAUACUGCAUUAAUGGUUGCUUGUUUUUUUAAUAAACCAAAUAUUGUUAAAUCACUUGUUAAUGCUAAAGCAGAUGCAACAAUUAAAAAUAAGGAAGACAAAGAUGCUGCAGCUCUUUGUGAUGAAAGAGAUGCUGCUGAUUGUAAAGCUCUACUUCCAAAAUAA